CUCAAGUUGAAUAUGUUCUAGUACUAUAACAACGAAAUAAAAAUGGACUUCAGCACUUGACACCCAACGUAAGGCAGGGCGCUCCUGCAGCGCCGCUCCUUCAGCGAUAUGCCGCUAUCCCAGUCACCGGUCAACCGGGGCCUCAUCGCUGGCACACAACCUGAGGAUUCCGCAAACAGGGCCCGGCCUACAACACGCUCCAAGCGCUAUGGUGGAAAGUUCGCAUCGGGGUUCUUGGAGUUUUACAAGCAAUCCGAGCUGGCAGAUUGCACGGUGGUGGGCCCCGAUGGAUGCGAGUACCGCCUACACAGCCUCCUCCUUGCCUACCACAGCGAGUUCUUCCGUCGCGCGCUGUCCUCCGAGUUCCGCGAAUGCGCUGCUCGGCGCAUCGAGCUGGGGUUCGAGGACGCGGGGGACAUCUGGCCACUGCUGAUCGAGUACUUUUACACGGAGGAGAUCACGCUGACGGACAGCAACGUGUUGGCGCUGUUCGCGGCGUCACGGGAGCUGCUCAUACCCGCAAUACAGGACUACUGCUCCGACUUCACGCAGUCCUCGCUGGAAGCCUCCAACGCCAUCCAGUUCCUCUCACAGGCGGUGCAGUACAACUGUGAGCAGUUCAGGGCCAGCUGCGUGGCGCUGGUGGCGCAGAGCUUCAACACAUGCUGCGGAAAACCCACGGAUGGGCUGCCCGUGGAGGUGAUGCUAGAGAUCCUGGAGCACCCGCAGCUGUACGUCCAGACGGAGGAGCAGGUGCUUUUAUUCGUACUUAACUACGUACGACGGCACCGGCUCGAUGACGCAACCGUACGAACACUCUUCCGUGCCGUACGGCUUCCCUUCCUCUCCAACGACCGUCUAGCGGCGCUAGCUCUGGCGGCGGAAGAGUACGGCAAUGCCGGCGGCGGCGGUUUACAAGGCCCACCUGCCGACAUGCUCCUAGCCGCAAUGGCGCAACGACUACAACUGCUAGACCAUCCAGAGCGGUUACAACCGCCGCCGACGGCGGCGGCGUUCGUUACGCAAGCAACCACGUCCACGUCAGCAACAACCGCCGCCGCAGGCGGCGGCGGCGGCGGCGACGGUCGAAGCGCUUCGUCGCUUCCCAGCGGUUCGAGCGUCGCGAGUUUCUGCGGCGACGUCACCGCUACCGCUGGCGGCGGCGGCAGCGGUAGCGCUAGCGGUACGGCAGGGCAACAUCUUGUACGGACGUUAGCAGCAGCGCUGGCGGCGGGGGGUCCCGUCGUCGGCGGCGGCGGAGGCAGUGCCGCCGCCAGCAGCAGCAGCGCCGCUGCUGCAGCGGCGGCGCUGUCUGUCGUACCUCGCAAGACGUAUUGCUGUUCUGUGGAGUAUGGGCUGCCCGGCGGGAGCGAGUACGUGUCCGUGCCGAUGGAGGCGGUGUGGGAGGAGCUGGCGAGCAACUUGGCGGUCCGGGUUUCAGGCGACCAAGUGGAAGGAGAUCCGGAUUCCGUGCUCCGUACAGGCAGUGACGACACCGCCUCCUGGUUUACCGUGAGCGGUGACGACCCCUCCCACCCCGUGUGGGUUGAGGUGGUCUUCCCGCCGCACAUGCGGGUGGUGGAGUUCAGCAAAUACACAUUCUCACACGGCAUGAACAUGAUUGCGCACAUGUUUCCGUACGGCAUCAGCGACUCGUCCUGGUUCCAAAUGAAGGGCAUGUGUACCCAGGUAAGUCCGGGUGACGAGGAGUCCCUCACGCCGCUGCGCACCCAGGACAGUUGCCAACAGCACACCGAGUUCGUGGUCAGCGUGGACCCGGCACACACGCGGGCGGUGGUGUGGCGGCGGCUGAGGAUCGUAGCGGGGGAGGACAACACGCAACAGGUACGACUGAGCAUCCGCAAGCUCAAGUUGUACGGCAGGGUGGAGGUCAGCCUAAUGCGGGAGUCGGAGGGGCGCGACGUGGUGGCGGCGUGGCGGCGACGGAAGGAGGCGGCUGCGGCGGCGGGGGGAGGGCGGCAGUACCAGGGACCAGCUGGGAGCUCCUUCAAGCGCGCCCUGAUUCCCGGGUGAGGGGCGUGGGGAGAGGAACGCGCCCUGCUGCCGUGGGGGUUAAGGAGGGAGGAGGAUCGUGUUGUGCUUCCUCUGUAGCGUGCCGGGGCAGGGUACGGCAGGGUACGGCAGUGGUGUAGGGAGGAAGGAACUGACCAAAACCGGCAGGGUUGGGAUGUAUGGUGGAGGGGGUGCGUGUUAUCGCCCGGGGGAAUUCGAACUUCUUUAUGAAUACGGUGGGAGUUGUGGUGGAAGGGUCAACGCAGGUUGGGUGGUGUUGAGCACCGAGGCGUGUUGGUGGGAUGAAUGGAGGCGUGUGGUGUAUUGUUGUGUGUGUAGCCGCGUAUAUGUUUGUUAGUCUUGUAAGUCUAAUUAGUCUCAAGUCUGAAAGGAUGCGGGCAACCGCGUGUGGUGCGGUUGUCCCCAUGUUGCUGUUUGCUGCUCUGCCUUCUCUGCUGCAAUGCCGCAGUAUCUGCUUCUGCCGCGUCUUCCGAUUCGCGUGAGCUUUGCUGUCGUCCACAACCGUAUAAACAACGUGUAUUCAAAAGCUUAACACUAACUGCGCGAAGAGGAGGAGGCGGAGUCGUCCGUAAGAAGUCGGGGUGUUGUAGGUUUUGGCCGGGUGUCAAUACACCGUGCUUCCAUGACACACCGCUGGACGGUUUCUGUCGUACGCACCUCCAUUAUACCUUAGACCGGCUGUUCUACGGAGGGCAUAUGGCGGCAUAACAAACCUCGGGGUUUCAUGGAGGCAAAGCAGCCGGGGGCGGGCGGGCUUCAGGCCUUUGAAGGCGAUGUGUGUUAUGGGGAGCGAGUCGGGGAGUGAGGUUGGGGCUAACAUGGAGGAUUUGGAGGAGGGGAGUGAGGUCUGGUUCGGUUUGCACUGUGUUGGGAUGGGUUGGGAUUAGGGAUGGUUGUCAUGGUUUUGGGAUGGUAUUGGUUGGGGUAAAGAGGAUGGCAGAGUGGGUGUCAGAAGAGUGGGAUGUGUGGUUGCGGGCAUGUGGGUAGGGACAGCUUAGGGAGCGGAGGGCAGUUCGAGGAGUAUGGGGGAAGUAUUGAGAAGGGCGCUAGCAUGGGUUGCAACAGUUAAGGUAGGAGGGGGGUUGGGUGGGGAAAGGUGGGGAAGCAUGCAAGGUGCUGCCAUAUUACCGCACUGUGGGUGGGAGGAACAGCACGGAUGGAGAGCAGAGCAACGUGAACCCGGUGUGCCCUACCAGCAAAAGGAAGCGCGGCAACAAGUUUUCCCCCGCUGCCAACCUUGAAGAAAUUGGUUAUCAAGAACGGUUUUUUGUACGGCGUAGGAGACGUGUAUCCCAGUGUUCAGGUGUCGUACGUGUACGGCUGUACGGCGUGCUUCUGUAUUAAGUUUUCACGCUUUUGCUAAAAGAUGUCGUACGACGUAGAUGCCGUACGACGUCUGACAUAGUAGUUGACAAUUUGGGAUGCAGUGUUGUGGUUCAUUUUAUCGUUCGUGACAUGGCGAAUGGCUCUGCGGGCCUUUUGCGGGGCUUUGUCCCAUCCAGGCCGAAACUUACUCACCGGUAUCGAAUCUCUCGAGAUGUGCUUUCUGCGGCAGCGAGGCAUACAUGGUUUUGGUGUGAACCUGUGCGCGCCUGCACGUAAAUGCGGCGCACUUCUAUGUCCGUAACCUUACUAGGCGUGAUUGUGUACAGGUGUGCGUGGUUUCUUCGCCCCGUUUUCAUUAGGCUACAAGCUCGUAGAAAUGUCCAUUUCCCACGACCUGAGGAGCAGUGAGUUGCUGACCCGUGGGUCGGUCUCACUCAUUCCCUGUAAACUCUCGGCUCCU